AUGUCGAACUAUUUAUCCAAGUCCUCAGGGACAACAAAUCCCGGAUCUAACGGUGGGCUGGAGUCUCCGUUAUCCCCAACCGAUGCUAUUAUUCCCCGUUCUACGGCACUCUCCAACAAGCUCAAUAGUGUCCUUUCGACAUCAUAUGCGGACUCGGACAUACGAGACGCCUUAGAAAUUUUAGAUGACAGGGGGGUUAAGAAUACGCCGGAGAUGAGAAGGCAGUUAAGACUUGAAGUGCAAAAGGAAGUUAUUGACAGCAAUGGCAAAAUCGUACAGGAUUUCGGCAAGGUUGCAGAGCAACUGACGCGAAUUGGGACGGUAAUCUCCAGUCUCAAUAACGUGUGUGACGAGAUGCGCAGGCACAUCGCACUGGCAACGCAGGAGACGGCCCCAGUGCUCGAGGAAGCAGCCACGUUGAUGAACCAGCGACAAGAGGUCGAAACCAAGCAUAAGUUGCUUGAAGCAUUCAGCAAGCAUUUUACUAUGUCUGAGGAUGAACUUAUAUCCCUUACCUCGUCUGCAGAACCGGUUGAUGAUAGGUUUUACAAUGCUCUCGCACGCAUGAAACAGAUACACAAGGAUUGCGAAGUGUUACUGGGAAGUGACAACCAGCACCUGGGGCUAGAAAUAUUGGAACAAAGCUCGAAAAAAUUGAAUUCGGCAUUUCAGAAACUCUACAAGUGGAUACAGAAGGAGUUCAAGUCCUUGAACCUAGAGGAUCCCCAAAUCAGUAGUUCGAUAAGGCGUGCGCUCCGAGUACUGGCGGAAAGACCUAGCCUCUUUCACAGCUGCCUCAAUUUCUUUGCUGAGGCGAGAGAGUUUAUCCUUUCGGAUUCUUUUCAUAUUGCGCUUACAGAUGUUGGCCCCGGCCAGGAUGGUGACAGGGCAGCCAAACCAAUUGAGUUUUCUGCACAUGACCCUUUGCGCUACGUUGGAGACAUGCUAGCAUGGGUACAUUCAGCUGCCGUAUCGGAAAGAGAGGCUCUGGAAGCUCUUUUCAUUGGGGAUGGCGGGGAACUUGCAAAAGGUAUUCAAGCUGGCGUAAAUAGCGAGCCGUGGUCACGCGUCGACGGGGAAGAAGUGGUGUUUGAUGGGAGGAAAGCACUGACUAACCUUGUUACCCGGGAUUUGAAUGGGGUGGCGCGUUCCUUGCGUCAGAGGGUUGAACUGGUUCUACAAGGCCAUGAGGAUCCCGUUACAUUGUACAAAAUCUUUAAUCUUCUAGGUUUCUAUGAGAACACAUUUUCGAGGCUUAUCGGGCAGGAAUCAGGCUUGGUGACAUCGAUCGCUGCGUUACAGCAAUUUUCAUUCAACCACUUCCAGGCCCUGAUGCAGGAUCAAAUAGCUGUGCUUUCAGCUGAACCUUCAAUCCUCACACCUCCCACUGACCUUAGCACCCCCCAAUUCCUCACUGACGCCCUUGAUAACCUUGCCUCUUUAAUGAAAGCUUACGACUCCUCCUUCGGACACGAACUUACAAGCAACGCAUCUGGCGAAAAUAAUUUCACACCAAUCAUCCGAGCCUCCUUAGACCCGUUUUUGGAACUGGCCAAGACAUCUUUGAGCAACCUAUCCAACACAACUUCACAGGCUAUUUUCCAAGUUAAUUGCCUCCUCUCAGUCCGGGCAGUCAUAUCACCGUAUCAGUUCGCCUGCGUCACUCAUCUACAUCCAAUCUCCAGCACUCUAUCAACCUUAAGAAAUAACCUUCUCGAAAUCCAACAUAACUUCCUCCUGGACACAUCCGGCCUACAUGUCCUUCUCACUGCGCUAAAACCAUUCACACCGCCACCACCCUCUUCCUCCCCACCCUCUCCUGGCACAGCUCCUCCGGAGAUACCGUCGCAACACCCUCCAGAUCUGGCAACCAUCCCCUCAUUGCCCGAAUUCCAACCCGCGGCCUUAUCUGCAAUUAGCCAGCAACUUGAUGAUUUCCUACCUUCAGCACUAGUCGAUGCAACCGAGAACCUGAAAGCAAUCCACAGCCCCGCACUGGUGAAGAGUGUUACGGAGGAAGCCGUGGAGUCUUUCUGUAUUGAUUUUGAGUUUGUUGAGGGUAUGAUACUGGGGGCGGAUGAGGCAAGUGGGAAAGCCGUGGUUGGGGAUGGUGAGGAUUCAAAAGGAGAAAUAGUAGAAGUUGAAGAGGCUCGGGUGGAGAACUGGAGAUUGCGCUCCUUAUUCCCCAGGACAACAGGGGAGAUUAGAGUGCUAUUAAGCUAA